CCGAGUUACUACGAGUCCCAGUCAUUCAUAACACCUACCCUCGACUAUUGUUCGCUUUGUCGCCGCGAAAAGGUUCCCUUAUUGUCCCUGUUGUCGCGGCUAUCGGAGGAAGUGACGCAUCCGUUCCUGCCAUCUUCCAUCGAACCGGUCCAACUUCGCAAAAUUCACCGCUGUGAAUUGGCCACGCGACCACCCACAACAGCACCAGAACCGCACGACUUUUCCAGAUACCUACGACGACCGAUCCAACAUGUCGGCCGCGGCCAUGUCGAAGAAAAAGCAAGGGAAGAAGGUUGCGGAUCCCAACGAGACCUCGAAGCUGCUAGCCGCCAAAAUCUCGCAGUUGGAACAGGAUGCUGCUGGAGAGAAAGAUCAAGAGGCUGAAAUCGAGCGCGAGGUCAAGAAGGCCACAAGAGAUCUCAACCAACUCCUGAGCAAUAUCGAAUCCCCAAUGACGCGGCUCGAGACCGUUCACAAGAAGUAUACCGAGCUUCUGGCCGAUAUGAAGAAGCUGGAUCGCGACUAUUCCAAAAGCAAGAAACGGGCCGAUCAACUCCAAAAGGACCAGGACAAGGGCAAAUCCGAACUGAACAAGACGGUUACCAUGAAAGAUAAACUCGAGAAGCUGUGCAGAGAACUCACAAAAGAAAACAAAAAGGUCAAGGACGAAAACAAGAAGCUCGAAGAGACUGAGAAGAAAGCACGGCUGAUCGUUAACGAGCGCCUCGACUCGCUUCUGUACGAUAUUCAAGACGUCAUGGCUGCCAAAGGAAACCCCCGCAAUGAGAAAGUGGAUAUCGACUUGGAUGAAGCUCUACGUGCGAAAAUCAAAACGAUCGGCGAAAAGUUUGAAAUGCGCGAAUUACACUACAAGGCAUUGUUGCGUAGUAAGGAUGCAGAGAUACAGUGUCUCACCGCCAAGUAUGAGGAGCAACGGCGAGUGGCGGAGAACGAAGCUGCCCGCUGUCGGGCAUUGAGUUCUCAGGUCUCGACGUUUUCGCACACUGAGGCGGAGUUGCGCAGUCAACUCAACAUUUACGUCGAAAAGUUCAAGCAGGUGGAGGAUACGCUAAACAACAGCAACGAACUCUUCCUUACCUUCCGCAAAGAGAUGGAGGAAAUGUCCAAGAAAACUAAGCGGUUAGAGAAGGAAAAUCUCACCCUUACACGCAAACACGACCAAACGAAUCGCAACAUUCUUGAGAUGGCCGAGGAGCGUACAAGGAACCACGAGGAACUUGAGAAAUGGCGGAAGAAAAGUCACCACCUCGAAGCGCUCUGCCGACGAAUGCAAGCCCAAGGACGCGGGCAAGGUCUUGCGGCGGAUCUGGAAGGCGAUGACGAGGGUACGGAGAGCGAGUACGACGAGGAUUAUGAAGACGAAGAAGACGAUGAGGGAAUUAGUGAUGACGAUUACGAACUGGAAAGCCGGGACGGCGACAUGAACGGAGACCGCAACGUUCCCCAGCAGCCCGAGAAGCCUGUGUUCGGACCCCCUCCGCCACCUAAUCUACUGGAAGCGCGAGCCAACGGGAAUAAGGCGAUGAUCAACGGAUGUCACUAAUACCUUUUUUUCGCGCAGAAGUUGUUCUCGAAUAUGGUCUUUUGGGCUUGUUCUUGAUAUCAAAUGGCAAAGGGAUUUCCUGGCAGCACUGACGCCACUGCCGUCAGUUUGAGGGUCGGCGAUGGGGCUGAUGGCCCUGGAUGAAGUGGAAGACGUAUAUUCUCCGAGGACUGUGAAUUGACUAAGACACUGUCAAUGCUAGUCUUGUUGCCCUAGGAUGUGAUUGCCCGGUGCCAGAACUUGUAGUCGCACAGGAAUUUACAAGAGAAUCGGUGCGAGGCCCCUCAUCCAAGACCCCUAUCAAGCCCCUUGACCUGCAGUAAGCACUGUCACAGCCACGGGCCCUUUGCGAGUUGUGAUACUUUGACGUUUUGUUCACUUUUAUUUCUGUUCGUGUACUUGUACAUGCUAGAUCAUCAGCAUCCGGACGUACCUAUUACGUUACCAUGAGAAAAUACCACAAUUCAUGUCAUGC